UAUAAUUUAUGACACAACAGCUGACUCAUAGCUAAAGAGUAUUUGUUUUGUGUUGCAAUUUUGAGAUAACUUUGCGUUUUUCGUGGUUUUCACGAGAUAAUUGAGGCAAAAGGUGCACAAAAAUGAAUAUGAACAUUUAUAUGUCCCAAGUUUCUCAGUUACUGACAUACAUGAGCUCAGAUGAGCUCAAAGAUUUGCUGAACAGUGAUGAUAAAAUUGAGGAACGCGUCAAUGAUGCCACUCAGAGUCUCGAGAAAGAGAAGGAGGAGAUAAUGGUGGAGAAUCGCAUAAAGGCGGAAGAGAAUCUGGCCAGAGAACCGCAGCUGAUUGAGCUGCGAGGCCGAGUGAAUGAUCUCUCUCAGGAAGGAAAGUCUCUUUAUGAAACUGUGGAGCAGAAACUCGGUGAAAUAAAAUCAAAAUCAGGAAGCAUGUCUCAAGAUACAGCGCUUGCUCUGCUUCAAACAGCUGCUGCUGAGAGUGAGGAGGAGUCCGAGAGCAUUGUCAAACAGUUCAUGGAUAACGAAAUCAACGUGGACAACUUCCUGGAGUCUUUCCAGGCUGCAAGGAAGAUAAUGCAUUUGAGAAAGCUGAAAGCGGACAAGAUGAACGAGCUGAUGAGGAACAGCACUACUAAUUCAGCAGGAUACCCGGCAUACCCAGUGCCUGGCUCUGUGCCAUAUCCCAUGGGCCCCAUGCCUAUGCCAAUGCCAGGCUUUAGACACUUCUGAGAGUGCCUCUGCCCUCAAAAAAUAUGUUAGAAACAUAAGUUAAUCUCUAUUAUCAGAAUAUUUACAACUAAAUUUCACUAUA